UAAAACAGAAACUCGACCUUGCAAAAAAUUAAUGAAAAAUUAUAUUUAGCCAGAAAACAUAACAAGUGCUAUUGUGUAGUUGUGGUCAAGGUUUUUUUAUUGUUUUCAAUAGCAUUUAAUUUUCAUGCAAUAUAUAGUAAUUAAAAACAGGGAGUACAAUCGUGCCAACUUAAAUUUUGGCAUUUAUAAUAAUUUGACAGACGUGUGAGCAAAACAUAACCAACAAAACAUUGGUUGAAAUAUUAUUUGCUACUUUUUUAAAAAUGUCUUGUGAGUUAAAGAUAAUAGAUGGUUCUAUGUUAGAAGGAGGGGGGCAAAUUUUAAGAAUAGCUCUGACUUUAAGUGUCAUCAGAAAAAUUCCUAUUCGUGUUAUAAAAAUACGUUCAGGUCGCAGUAAACCUGGCCUGAUGGAACAACACUUAAAAGGCAUUGAAUUGUUAAGAGAUCUCAGUAAUGCCAAAGUUAAAGGCGCUUCUUUAGGAUCCACAGAGGUGGAAUUUUGGCCAAGUGACAUAAUUGGUGGAAAUCAUGAAGCUCGUGUAAAAACAGCAGGCAGUAUAAGUUUACUUUUACAAGCAGCUUUACCUUGUAGUUUAUUUGCUAAAUCUCAUACUACUUUGCGAUUACACGGCGGAACUAAUGCUGAAAUGGCGCCUCAGAUUGACUACACGACAGAGGUUUUCAGACCGGUUUUAGAAAAAUUUGGAGCAACAUUUAGUUUUGAUUUGAUUAGAAGGGGGUAUUUUCCGAAGGGAGGGGGCGAAGUAAUUAUAAACGUCGAUCCUGUUGCUAAAUUAGAUUCUGUAAAUUUAACAGAAAGGGGGAAAAUCACGUCAAUUUACGGUUGGAGUUUCGUUGCUGGAACCUUGCCUAUAAAAAUGAGUCAUUUGAUGGCAGAUUCAGCUUUACAUUAUUUGAAACGUUUUUGUAGUAGCAUCCAAAUUGAGAGGUACAAAGAAGAUAGAAAUAUUGCCCCUGAUAAUUGUUCAGGUAUUAUUUUGGUAGCUGAAACUGAUACAGGAUGCAUAUUAGGAGGCUCAGCAUUAGGAAAAAGGGGUGAAAACGCAGAAGAAACAGGGAAAAGAGCAGCUAUGCAGUUAGCAAAAUCAAUUGAAGAAGGUGCUUGUGUUGAUGAGCACACUCAAGAUCAAAUUAUUGUAUUUAUGGCUUUAGCACAAGGGGUUUCAAGUGUUAAAGUUGGGGAAAUAACAAUGCACACUAAGACUGCCAUUUUUGUUUCAGAAGAACUGACUAAUGCAAAAUUUGAAGUCGUCCCAAAAGGAUCAGCCAAUAUGAUAAGUUGCACCCCUUAACCAAUGAAUUAAUUAUUUUGUGAUUAUUUAUUUUAAAUAAAUUAUAAUACAAAAAA